AUGACGAAAAUCAAAUGGAACGCCUUAACGCUCAACCAAACAGAGGAAUUUAACUGGAAGUGUGCGUACAAAACCGCAUGUAAAGACAAUGUACAUUAUCUAUCUAUCUAUCUAUCUAUCUAUCUAUCUAUCUCAGUCUAUGCAUAUCUAUCUUCGUCUGUUUAUAUCUAUCUAUCUAUCUAUCUAUCUAUCUAUCUAUCUAUCUAUCUAUCUAAGUCUGUGCAUAUCUAUCUUCGUCUGUUUAUAUCUAUCUAUCUCAGUCUAUGCAUAUCUAUCUUCGUCUGUUUCUUUCUAUCUAUCUAUCUAUCUAUCUAUCUAUCUAUCUAUCUAUCUAAUCUGUUCUUAUGUAUGUAUAUAUAUACCUAUUUUAAUUUUUUUAUAUUAAUCUCCGUCUGUUCAUAUCUAUCUGUCUAUCUAUCUAUCUAUCUAUCUAUCUAUCUAUCUAUCUAUCUAUCUAUCUGUUAUUAUGUAUCUAUCUAUCUAUCUAUCUAUCUAUCUAUCCAUCUAUCUAUCUAUCUAUCUAUCUCAGUCUAUUCAUAUCUAUCGAUAUAUCUACCUAUCCCUGUCUGUUCAUAUCUAUCUAUCUAUCUAUCUAUCUAUCUAUCUAUCUAUCUAUCUAUCCUGUUCAUAUCAUUUCCUUUGCCAUAUAUUUAG